AAAACUGCUGAAUGGGAGUUGUGGAAGGCAUUUUUAAAUUGAUACCAGACCAAGAGCAGAUCUUAACCAACUACAAUGACAAAAAAGACUACAGAUAGCAUUAGCAAACCAAUUCAGCUGAUCUAGGUUGCAAUGCCUCAACUGUUAUGUUGCUGAGGGAGGUAGCAGGUCAGGUAGAGGUGACAUAAUUACAUUUGAAUGACAGCAUGUUUCUUCUCUCUCCUAACAGUGUCAGUGUUGUGAUCGGUGCUCCCAAGGCCAAUACCAGCCAGCUCAACAUCACAGAGGGCGGGUCUGUGUUCUACUGCCCAUGGAGUCUGGGCCAAUCAGAGUGCCACAACAUUGAGUUUGACAAUCAAGGUAAACCCGGUCAUUGGCAGACUACGAUCAGUGUGACUUCACUACUUUAGGUCCUGGUCAUACCUCCUCACUGUCUGAACAUGAUUUGAACUUGAUUUUAAGAUUAUGGAUUUACUUAAUCACAAAUGUGCAUGAUGUGUGAAGAUAUGGUGUUUCAGCAGAUUUGAUGAUCCCAUAGUAUAAUGACAGCUGUCCUUCAGUCCCUCUCUUCCUUGCUUCCUGUAACACAUGCCACGUAUCUCCUUAUGUAGUCCUGACUGGUGACUCAAGAGCUUGAGACUCUUGAGAACUGGAGAUUUUAGAGGACGGUUACACACUAUUAAGCUGGUCAAGCUGAGUUCCCGCUCGAAGCUCUUCUUAAAGCCACUGGUCCAUGUCCACCAUGCUAUUGUGGCCGGCAGGUGAUCAUCUGUCACUGUUCUACUCCACUGAUACUCCUUUGUUUGACACGUUGGUUCCUGGAAACUAGAUGAUCCGUUUGAGCAUGUCAUUAGUGUCUUUCUUUUUGAGACAAAAAUAAUAAUGGGAGUGUUUUAGACAAGGGUAUCUUCCCUUUAGGCUAGAUACAAUAUGUGUUGUUCUGUCCCAACCCCAGGUGCUAUAGGGAAAUAAACGGCAAAUAAACAGUUGAAACAAAAGAAAUGUCACUAUAUACAAUUAUAUACCCCCCCCCCCCCCCCCCCCCCCUUUGCCCUCAAACCAAUACACCUGGCACCUCCUCCUACCAUACCCCGUUCAAAGGCACUUAAAUAUUUUAUCUUGCCCAUUCACCCUCUGAAUGGCACACAUGCACAAUCCAUUUCUCAAUUGUCUCAAGGCUUAAAAAUCCUUCUUUAACCUGUCUCCUCCCCUUCAUCUACACUGAUUUGAAGUGGAUUUAACAAGUGACAUCAAUAAGGGAUCACCUGGUCAGUCUAUUUUGUACACUCAGUGUAUUUGGUCUAGCGGAUAUUGCCAACGAGCUUAAUUUGAACCUGAAUGUAAAAGGUAGAACUACAGUAAGAGUUCCUGGUUUAUGGGUCAAUGAUCAUGAGCUAUUCAGAGAAGUGGAGCAGUGUUCCAGUGACUGGACAGCUGAAGGAGCCAUUCGCCUUUAGAGGAAUGAGGAAAGAGUUAUCGGAGAGAACAAUCUGCUGUGUAUUAGAUCUUCCUCUCUCUUCCUCUGAUACGCACGCGUACACACACACCACUGUCCUAUUGCAUGUGUUACGCAUGGAUAGUGGUGUGUGUGUGUGUGUGUGUGUGUUUGUUUGUGUGUGCGCUCCCCAGUCAGUGCACCGGGGGACUGUUGGCUUGUUUCCUGGGAAAUCAAAGAGAAGAGUGCUGAGAGCCAGGACUGAUUUACUGGCUAUAAGGCACAUUAGGGGAGAAAUAUUCCACUGGAGCAGAUUUCUGCUUUCACAAGCCCUGUUUAACAGCCGAUUUCAAGGAAUCCAACUGCAGGUCGCCUCUUUCUUCUGGUGUUUUCCUUCCCUUUUUUCUAGCAACAGAUUAGAAAAUGUGUUGCACAUCCUUGGAUGCUGGCUGAGGGCCAUGAGUGUCACAGUGAUGUAAUGUGCAGCAGGCAGGCAAGCAGCAGGGCAUUGGGGUGAAGGAUAGUCCCUUGGGGUUUUAGACAAUGAGUCCUUCAUUUUACUUAAUGGGCUUUGAAGGCACACUUUUGAUUUGUGUGGAAGAGCCAAUUCAGCCAUCUUGGCCAGCAUACAAGAACAUAGCACCUCUGUCUGUAUGACACAGGAAAUAUGUUUUCUUUUAUUUGCUUAUGACAUGGCUAGAGCUCAGCUGACUGUGGGAGAUAUUAUACUGCUAAUAUAUUAGUAUUGACCCUUUUUUGGAGAGGUGUGUCUGUUUGUGUGACAUUAUUCAGGGCCUUCCCUAAGUGUGGGUGAGGUCUUCCUUGAGCCUGACCGAUGCCACAGGCCCACUUAAUUAGAGCCUCCUAAUUGGGUCAAAGUGGUCAUGGGAGAGCCUCCUCCACCCCUCGCCUCCCUCUCUACUUCCCCUUCCACUAAGAUAAGGAAAAACUGCCCAAGGAUCUGAGAGAGAGAAAGAGGGAGGAAACCAGAGCCCUGUCUCUCCAUCUCUCAAUCUGACCCUCUUCCCCCUUCUCUCCGGCCAGUAACUCCCCCAGGGAGUGAUGAGUGAAUUUUGCCAUUUUUCUUUGACCCCCAUCCACCCUGCACUCUAACCCAGGAUACAGGCUCUAAACUCCUCUAAUGGGUCUCCUCUCGCACAGUUCAAAGGGGGGAGUGUCUGUGGACACACUCCAGACCUCACCCCACCCCAUCCUACCCCUCUAGAGACCCCACCCACCCCUCUGCUGUCCUGUCCCAGGAGAGAGUGGGUUAGAGAGGCACUAGUCACAGCAGCAAUCCUACCGAAGUCUACCCAAGUUCACUGAAAGGACAUUACAUGACAUGUUAUUGCGACAUGCGUCUGCUGGAUUUUUCUCUAUCACUUGUUUGUAUCAAACCCAUGUUUGGCUUUGGGCAUUUUUGCAUGACUCCGGCUGACUUGUCCUGCCUGCAGUCACGCAUAGCCUCUUAACCAACUGAUCUUUUCAUCUCUCCAUCUGUCACACUGUAUGAAUGCCAAUGUAGCAUCUCUGACAUGGACAAUAAGAGCAGUUACAGACUCUGAUCUCACAGCACAGCCACUCAGUGAGAAGUGAAGUUAGAGAACACCCCAAAGUCCAUUUUUGCCUUUGAAUGGAGUUAUGACUGACAGUCUUGUACUUUGAACGUAGCGAUUAUGUCACUUACAUAACUGUAGGGAUGUCAUGUUGAAUAUUAUUUUCUGUUUUACCAGGACCAGGUGCUUAAGAAGAGUUUGACUACUAUAUUGUUCUGAAAUGUGAAUAAAAUAUGUCUUUCCCUGCUGAUACUCAUGGUUGCUGGGGUAGUGUGUCCCAAACACAUAUGCCUGUUUGGCUUGCAUGUCUCCUCAGUGUCACCCCCCUCACUCUAUCAAAACAGAGGCCCCUGAGUUAUGAAAAUAGAAGGAAAGUAUGCUAUAGGGAGAGGGACUGUGACGUGUGUAGUGCAGAUUAUUGCAGUGCAGAUAAAGAUAUUUGUGUUAGGCAUGUUAUUUGUUGUAUCGCUAAAGCAUGUCUUUCCACACAUGAAGGAGUGGCACACAUGUAUCACGGUAGGGAACAGGGGUGCUGUGUGCCCAUGAGUAAUGCUGGAGAGAAAGCCUGGUGAUACGGUAAAUAUACUGUGAUGUUAUUAAAGCGUUAAUCCCCACUGCUUUCCUACCGGGCAGGGGGAGACCAAAUGCCCUGAGAGAGGGAUAAAGAGAGGAGGGAGGGAGCGAGAAAGAGGGAGACUGAGAAAGAAAGCGAAAUCGAGGGAGAGAGUAGACAGGAGCGCAAGAGACUAUUAGAGAAAGAGGAGAGUGUGCCUGAGCAGGGAUGACUGAGGUUGCUAGGAGGAAACAAAGCCAAAGCGUUUGUUUUCCUUGGACACAGUCCCCCCCUUUUUCUGUCUUUCCACCAAGACACAGAGCAGAGCAGGCCCUCACCCAGAUCCAGAGAUCUCAGAGCUGGCUGGGGCUAGGGCCAGGGUGGAGGCUGACGUACAGUCUGCUUUCCUCAAAUCCACAGGUCACAAUCUCUGGCUCUCACCACAAGGCCCCCUUCCCUGACAGAUGGAUAAGCAACAUGCUUAUGGUUUAGCUGUAGAGAAUAGUGAUGGGAAAAGAGAAGUGGGCUGGGGUGUGGUUGCUGGGUUUAGUGGUUCAGAAUCAAAAUAACGUUUGUUUGGGACAAGUUCCGCUGGAUACAUCUUGUUGUCUGAAUUUCAAGUGUUUAGAACACUUGUUACAGGAUGUUUCACGGUAUGUGAACUGUAUAAACCAAUUUGUGUUUGGAUUUUGUUUCUCACCAUAGCAACACAGAUGUUGCAUCAGUCUUGCCAAUAAAACAUGCUGUUUGAACCUGAUUCCACAGGCCAUCUGUCUUGUCACCUGCUCCUGUCCUGUCAGAGAGACUGUGUCCUAAACGACACCUUAGUCCCUACAUAGUGCACUACUCUGGUCAAAAGUAGUGCACUAUAUAGGAAUAAGUUUGCCAUUUGGUAAAGCUCUGGGUUACAGGCCAGGUGGCCAAACAGAGCCAGGGUCAGUGAGGUCACCCAGGGAUGGCCAGAGAACUGUCACGAGUUGACAUUUGAACAGUGAGGAACAAGUGCUAUAUUGCUGAAUAAGGCUCUGGUGAGCAUAAACGUUUUCCUCUAGAUCCUAGAUACAUACAGCCCCUGAACAUUGAAUACCAAAUACCUUCCAAGUUUUUCUCUAUGUUCGUCUCUGGAAUGUUCUUCAUGAGAAACUUAGUGUGUGUUUAAUGAUGCAGUAUGUAAGUUCUGUAGUGCCAGAUGACCAGAUGUUUGGAUGACGUUGUCUGGAGCCUCCAGGAGAAGAACUACAGUGAUUCAUUAGGGGCUUUUUUUCAGUCGUCACUCAUUCACUCUGUCUUGUCGUUUUCUGUUCCUCCCAGGGGACCGCACAGUCACUCUCAACACCACAGUCUACCAGGCUGAAGUCAAGUCCCACCAGUGGUUCGGCGCCACCGUCCGUUCCCACGGCGACACCAUUCUGGUAAGAUGACCCACACUGACUCGAAGACGGGGGUGGAGAAAGUCAGUUUACUUUCAACUUUGGUCUCUACAACUCAGAGUACCCUCAACUGUUAUGAUGACUGGCUUUCAUGUCAAGGGGUUGUAUAUGUUCAUUGUUCAAAGUUUGUCUUAAAGGUCUUUGUCUAUCGGUUUGUUGUGACUGUUCCAAUUUUCACCUCCAGUCUCUCUCUGAGGAGAAGUGUUUUGUGCUCCUGUGACUUCAAAGUUGAGACGCCUGAAGUAUUUUUUUUGCUGAUUGUGUGGGACGUAACCUGGAUUUGGUUACAUGGUUACUUUGCUCCAGAUGUAACAUUGACCUCUCUCUGGGUCUCCAUCGAGUUCAACAGGGUGUUGCUGUAACUGAAAUAAACCUCCCGCCUCUAUGUUCCCCCCUCCUAUAGGCCUGUGCCCCUCUGUACUCCUGGAGAACCAAACAAGACACGCCCCAGUCAGAUACCACAGGAACCUGCUACCUCUCUGUCAAGAACUUCACCAAGUUUGUGGAAUAUGCUCCCUGUCGCACAGGUAAUCCUUUUUUGUUGUGUGAUACAUUUUUGGACAUUUCCUAUAAAGACAACACAACAUAAGCUCAAAAGAAUAUACCACUCACCACCCGCCUUCCCUUAGCGCUCCCAGUUAACAACACCACUCCAUAAAUAACUUCGGUAUUCCUUCUAUAUCAUCAUCAAUCUUUCUAAUGCUCUUCUCUCUGCCAACCAACUACCCCACCACCCCACACUACAGGUGACUCCUGUGGCCUACCUCUGACACGGCAGCUGUCCACACAGCAGGCUAUUAGACAGGGGUUAAGUGGAGUGCCCAAGGGCCACAACAGACGGGAUGUUUAUAGUCUCAAGUAACAAUACUGAGUAACCACUUCCAGAGACAUCACACACUAGCUGUAGAGAAAUAAUUUACCCCCCUUAGAUGCAAUCCAUCAUGUUAGCCCCAUAUUGACUAGUCUAUCCCUACUGCUGUGGUAAUGGCUGGCUGGCUCGGUUCUGUUCAGAAUGCCCAGCUGAGUCAUUGGACUCCACAGGUUCCAAAAUAUUUCAAAAUUGUCUACAUUAUAAAGUAUUGGAUUAAAUUAUAAGGCCGAAUUUAUGGAUCUUUCAAGUUGCUUUUUCAAAUCCGAAAAAUGACUGAUUUAUGAACCUCUACCUCUGUUUAUUUCAGAAUUCAUUAACGAGGGGGGCCAGGGCUAUUGUCAGGGGGGAUUCAGUGCUGAUUUCACCAAGGUAAGACUCCUGAACACUUCCUCUCAGUUCAGUACAAGAGCUUUAUCAACUACUAUGGACUAGAAACACAUGAUCUCAUUCUGUCUUUCUCUCAGGAUGGGAAAGUGGUGCUUGGAGGACCAGGCAGCUUUUUCUGGCAAGGUACACACCUCAACAACCCCUUGAGACAACAAGUUGUAGUAUUCUGAAGUUAUUUGUGUGAAACCUGAGAGGAUCUUUCCAUUCACUCCCUGCUUCCUGUGUCUCCUCAGGUCAGGUGAUCUCAGCAGCCAAAGAGGAGAUCAUCAAGGCUUACUACCCAGGGUACUUCAUGCAGUCUGUAGAGGGACAGAUCCAGACCAAACAGGCUCAGCUCGAAUAUGACGACAGCUACCGCGGUAAGACGUUUCCUCUCGUAAUUCAACCACUCCCUUUACUUUCCACACAUGCUGCAUCUAUCCACCUUUUAUCAAAGUACAUGCCUUAACCCAUAGAUUACUCUUCAAGAGAAAUGGAAGUCUAUGGGUUCUGAAUGCUUGAUAUCAUAUGACUAAUGUCUGCUCUCUCUUGUGGUCUUGCAGGUUACUCUGUUGCGGUUGGGGAAUUCAGUGGAGAUGAGGUGGAAGGUAAGAGAUCUGUACCACAGACCUUCACAGGCCUGCACAACAGAGCACCAUUAAAGAUAUAGAAUGUUUACUAUAAGAUUCUGUCCCGCUCCUAUGCUGGAAAGACUGCAAUCUCAGUCAUUCUCAGGAGUUCCAGACAGCUGUGAACUUUGUGAUAUUACCCUUCCUUAAUCUUCCCUUUUUCUGUUUUCCCCCUGUCUGUGCACCUCUCAGAUUUUGUGGCUGGGGUCCCAAAAGGAGUCAUGCUGUACGGUUUGGUAAGAACCUCAUCACCACUCUCAUUUUGAGAGGAGAAAGGGAGGACUAUAGGCUUGGGGGAGAAAUAGAGCAUGAGAGAAUGAAAGUAGCCAUAGCUGUGUUUAGUGAAAGUAGAAGUGAUGAAUACAAUAACACAGGCCUACUCUAUACAAACGGUAUGUUGGACCUCAGGGAUUUUGACCAUAUGUUCUCUCUGUGUGUGUGUGUGUCUGCGCUCUGCAGGUGUAUAUUUUAAAUGGCACUGAUCUGAAGUCCAUGCUCAACUACACUGGUGAACAGGUGAGCAUUCAAACCUCCCAGCUCUAACUCAUUAGGGCUAUAACACGCACACAUAACCCAUUGGUUUUAACUCAGGUGCGUUUUUUCACACGACUCUGUGGUUCCAUAACUAGCUGUUUCUCGUGGCAACUCUUAAUCUGUUGAGACUGUGUGUACUGGAACACUGAUGAUAUAAGUAUAAUCAUUUCCUUUACAAGUUUCUGUUAACUGGGUUUCAAGCCCUCUGUGGUUUGCUGUAAAACAUCAUUAUUGAAGUAAAAUUGCAGAAGCAAUUUUCCCCAAAUGAGAAGCAUGAUUCUUCCUGCGAAUGGAAUGGAAAUAGCGUGAGCCCCUUUUUUAAUGGUGCUGAUUGGUUCAGCUGAAUAAAUAAAAUCAUAAGAGUGUAUUUUCUAACCCUGGGAGUCUGGGAAUUAAGCUGUUUCUGUGUCUUUGUUACUUCAGAUGAAAAUGUGUUAUACAGACAUGACAAAUAAGACUAACAGCUUCAAGUUAGACCAAGCAAGAACCAUCACUUUUCAUUGACCAUUUCUUCUCUCUUAGUAGUCUCUUCUACUGGAUCUCUCUUAAUUGAAGUAGAUUCACUGUUAUUUAGAAGUCCCUUUGCUUAAAAGCAGCUUUUCUAUUUUGAGCCUUUUUGAACCCAGAUUCAUAGUGAUGUUCUAGAGUUGUAACAUGAUGUACUCUGUUUUCUCAGAUGGGCUCCUAUUUUGGGUAUGCUGUGGCCACAGCCGACAUCAAUAACGACGGGUAAAUACAGUCUAACAGUACAGUCUAAACAUACAGUCUAACAGUGCAGUCUAACAGGACAUUCUAACGAGACAUUCUCACCAUAUAUUCUCACCCAUGAGUUGGGUGGUGGCAAAAUUGGAUUUGUCCAGUAAUGUUAUGGGAUUUUUAAAAAUCAAUAAUGACGGGUGAGUAGGAGUCAGUUCUCACACAACAUUCACACCAUAAGUUCUCACCCUUUUUUAAUGAGCUUGGUGGUGGUUGAGAUUGGAUUGGAUUUGACCAAUGACACAUUUUAUGGGAAACUCCAGUCGUCUGUGUCAGAAAGGCUACUAGGGUUGCACAAUUCUGGAAACUCAUACAUUUCCCAGUUUUUCCAACCUGGAUUUCGUGAAUGUUUACAGAAUUUUGCCACCCUAGUCUGUACGCUAUAUAUGUCUGUAACCAUGUGUGUUCCUCCCUCCUCCCCUCAGCAUGGCUGACCUGUUGGUGGGAGCGCCCAUGUAUAUGACCCGGGGGUCAGACAGUCGCCUGGAGGAGGUGGGCCGUAUGUACGUCUAUCUGCAGCGUGGACCCUUGGAUCUGGAGCCAACCCUCAACCUGACCGGAACCCAGGUGUUCGGGAGGUUUGGUAGCACCAUCGCCCCUCUGGGAGAUCUCAACCAGGACGGAUACAAUGGUGAGAGAUGGAGGGGUGGUAGUAAUGGGAGUUUAAGGGGGAGAAGAAAAGGAUGUUUAACAAGCAUUUUUUUCGUGUGUCACAAUCUUGGUUUUGAGAGUCUACUACAUGUAGUUUUGUUGGUCACAUGCUUUUCAUUCAAAGUCCUAGUAGUCUGUAAAGUUCUGCGUGAUCUCACGGUCUUCUCCUGCUCUCUUCUCUGAUUGGUAGACGUGGCCAUCAGCUGUCCAUUUGGUGGAGACAACCAGCAGGGAUUGGUUCUCAUCUACAACGGAUUUGCUGGUGGGCUCAGGGACACGCCCUCUCAGGUCAUAGCUGGCCAAUGGGCUUCAGGCACUGUGCCCGCCAGCUUUGGAUUUGCCCUCCGAGGGGCUAAAGACCUGGACAUGAAUGGUUACCCAGGUGAGUGACAAGACUAGUAUGUUUUGAAGACCUCUCAUGCUACUGAGUUUGCAUAUUAUCAACUUUAUACUUGUUGUUUACUUGUAGUCCAUGAACUUGAUGAAAUGUAUUUUCUUGACAGAUCUUAUUGUUGGUGCUUUUGGAGUUGACAAGGCAGUCCUGUACAGGUAAUACUCACUCAUAACCUCCUAUAUCUGUCAAUCUAUUGAGUGAUGUCUAAUAUCAUUUGUUAACCUGGGUUCUGUUCCCAUCUAUUGUACCACAGAUCCCGGCCCAUCGUCAACACCAGUGCCUCCCUGACUGUCUACCCUACCAUGAUCAACCCUGAGGAGAAGAUUUGUUCAGUGAACAACGGCAACACCACCAUACCUGUCUCCUGGUAAGUACUGAUUCAUACCUGUCUCCUGGUAAGUUCUGCAUCAGACCUGUCUCUUGUUGAGUACUUGUCUAGUCUGGGCCUUUAUUCUGGGCUUGUAUGUAAAGCUUCUCAGUGCAGGAGUGCUGAUCUAGGAUCAGGUCCCCCCUUUCCAUGUGCUGUCGCUUAUUCAUUAUGAUCUAAAUCGCAAAACUGAUCCUAGAUCAGCACUCAUACCCUGAAACUCUUUAUGAAUAAGGGCCCAGACAUAAUUUGCUGAACGUGUUGUCUAACUGCUGCUUGUUUUACACUUGGCACAACACCAACAAGAAGGAGAUCCUCAACACUGGCACUCAGUUGUACUUAGACAGGAAGACCCAUUGAGGACUAUUUAUUUGGGAGACAGACAGUCUUAUCUGGUGGUGGUGACCUGUUAUCACAGCAACCUCAUAACAGAUUAUGUUUCUUCGAAAGGAGAAAGUCAAAUAAAAUGCUGAAUAAGAGCAUUGUGGAUGUCAGCCAUUUCCCCCUUCCAUUAGAAUGUGCUACAUGGUAUUCCCCAUCCAAUGGGAGAGGAAACAGAACAGAACAGGGGCUGCUCUGAUCUCUGGCUGUGCUGCUCAACAUGCUUGACACUGUGCUCGUGUGUCUGCUGCCCCCCCCAGUCCCCAGAUCCAUAAAGGAAACUGUUGUAUACACGUCUUGAUUACGCUGCGUUGCCUGGUGAUGGGGAGGGAUGUAGGUGGGGGUGGAGGGAAGGAGGGGAGGGAGGGGUCAGGAGGUUUGGCAGUGGCUUUUGAAUGAGAUAUUGUUUGGUGGUGGAACACAGCUGGGAAACAUCAGGAUGUGGAGACUCGUGCGCAUGCACACACUCAAACACAAAAAAAACUAGCGACACAGGAUCCCAAUAUAGUGAUUUCUCCUAGAUAUAGACACCCUCUGUCUGUCUCUUUCAUUCUCCUUUAAAUGUUUUCCUUCCUUUGUUCUGUCUACACUGUCGGUUUCGCGCCCUCUUUUUCUCUUGUCCCCUUGAUCCCUUUCCCUCGCUCCCUCCCUCUUUCUUUCCAGUCAGUGUGAGUUUGGUCAUAGGGCUUGGGGUUUGGGGUUUGGGUUGCUGUAGCUCAUGUCACGGGAGAGAGCGAGAGCCCCUGGCCCGUAAAGACACAGACACUGACUGUCUGUCCUGCCUGGGGGGCUACAUGAGAUGACGCUCAAUUUCAUCCUCUUAAACUCUGGGGAUGGGGCUUGGGGGGCACACCAUGCUAUUAUCUUGGCUGGCUAUAGCAGGCAGAUGCCUUUCCCAACAUUACCCAUUGCUCCAUAUUAUACAGUGAUACCCAUUCUGCUGCUUUUUUGUAAUGUAAGAAAACUGAAGAGUUAGUGGAUGUGAAGAGAGUGAAUGAGUGGGAUGUCUGUGUGUGGGACUUUGUGCCAUGAAUGCAUAUGCUUCCCUCAUCAUCAUGUCUCUGUUAUGUCUCUCCUCUGUUCUAAACAGUGUCAACCUGAGUUUCUGCCUCUCUGCCAAUGGGAAGUACCUCCCAGACAACCUUGGUGAGCCAACUGUCCACAUCUGCUCCAGAUUACAUACAAUACCAUAUUUCAAACACUCAUUUGUACACGAAUAUCAAUUUAUAUUAUUGCAUGUAUGUUGAAUGACUUUGUCGUUGCUCUGUAUUGGGUUGUGACAUAGAUUAAGAGCAGUGUCAGUGUUCCAGAGUCAACAUAUCUUCUCUGAUCCACUUUUAAUGAGUUCCAAUCAAAGCACUAGGCCCCUCUUACGCAACCUCAGCAAUUAUUCCACUAAUUACCCCUCUAUGCAUAUGGUUACUCUGCUAUGUAUGCCAUGUGGUAAACUAACUACAUAGUCUGGAUUCUCUAUUUGCUUGAGAGCUUAGUGGUUAAGAGCGUUGUGCCAGUAACCGAAAGGUCGCUGGUUCUAAUCCCCGAGCCGACUAGGUGAAAAAUCUGUCGAUGUGCCCUUGAGCAAGGCACUUAACCCUAAUUGCUCCUGUAAGUCGCUCUGGAUAAGAGCGUCUGCUAAAUGACAGAAGAAGAAAAAGAGUAUGCAAGUGUCUGAUUGAUGGUGUGUAAAACAAUGGCACAUUCAUGGUUGUGUGUUCUGUCCUGUGUGUGUGUGUGUGUGUGUUCCUUGGUGCGUGUGCGUGUGUGUGUGUGUGUGUGUGUUACAGACUUCCAGGUAGAGGUGCAGUUAGACCGUCUGAAACACAAGCAGAAGGGAGGGGUGAAGAGGGCUCUGUUUCUAGAUUCCCAGCAGACAGUGCUCACGAGGAGUGUGAGGGUACAGAACGGAGAGCGUGUGUGUCACGACACCAAGAUCUAUCUAAGGGUAAGUCUCAGAUGUACUUCUUUCUUUCUUUCUUUCUUUCUUUCUUUCUUUCUUUCUUUCUUUCUUUCUUUCUUUCUUUCUUUCUUUCUUUCUUUCUUUCUUUCUUUCUUUCUUUCUUUCUUUCUUUCUUUCUUUCUUUCUUUCUUUCUUUCUUUCUUUCUUUCUUUCUUUCUUUCUUUCUUUCUUUCUUUCUUUCUAAUGAACCCUGUCUGUCUAUCUGACUCCAGGAUGAUAAGGAGUUUAGAGAUAAGCUCUCCUCCAUCUACAUCUCCCUCAACUUCAGUCUGGAUCCUCAGGCAGCGUUCGACUCCCACGGCCUCAGACCCAUCCUCAACUACCAGUCCACCGAGCUCAUCGAGCAGAAGGUACUUCAAUACACCCACCCUCUGUCUGACUCUGGCCCCCCCAGCACUGCACUCCUAACUCUGGAGGGCGACUCAAUGUUAACAGGCCCCGUAUAUCUACUGAGGUGGAGCACUGCACACGUUUUAAUGAACAAGACGUAGUGAAAGACAUGGCUGGAAAUCCAUUCACUCACUCAGAGCUGAUGGUAAUGUUUUCGCCUUUACCAGACCUCCACCUCCCCUUCCUUCUCUUCCCCACACCCCCUCAGAGAGACUCAGGCUGCUCUCCUUUUUGAUUUCCAAACCGCUCUGCUGGGAAGGGGUCCAGAGGGUCUGGAAAGCAGUUUUCAACAAGAGAAAUGUGAGGCGUGUGUGUAUGGUACAGUGGAGAUAGUGUUGGAAAGCGUUUGACUGCCCCUCCAGGAAUAGCUGCUUUCAGCCUGGCUGGGCUGUGUAACGGUUCAUAGGAGUCGUGUUCCGACCGAGGGGUGCACAGUAAGACCCCGACACACAGGGUUAAUGGAUAUUUCUGGGUGGGGCCGCUGGGGCACUUUGCUCGCAGCACACAGGCCAUGUGCCAUCUGGUGUAGAUUUGUCUGUAUUUUGCCAGUUUUAUCCUGGCAGGGAGAGAGAGACGUGAGCAGGACUCAACGUGUGGGCUGCCUGCCUUCAGCUGUUUUGUGCUGCACCCUAUGUGAGCUCAGCAAUAACCACUGGAUUGGAUUAGAGUGUUUUGGGAAAGGCCCUGGCCGAGGUUGCAGUUUCCCCCCCCCCCCUUCUCUCUUGGAGCAGGGCAGUACUGAACCCUGUCAUUGGUGUUCCCUUGUCGUAUCAAAGCUGCUGAGGUUUCAUCACUACAACCAAGUGCUAAAUACUGAACCCGGAUAAAGCUAUGUUGUAGUACUGAAACUGAACUUCAGAGAACACAUUUGAUUAAUCAUUGAUACCCAGUGUGAAUGUAACAGCAUGUAGCUGAGUAGACUGGUGACUACUCACUACAGCCUGGAUUUAAUCAGAUACAUGAUACCUUAUUAUGGAUUCCUCCUCGUUUGUACUGGGCUGGCUGUUGAAGCAUAGGCUACAUACAGGUAACUGCCAAAAUAAAGGAAACACCAACCUGCUUUCAAUAUACUUUGUAUCCCUCAUUUACUGAAGUGUUUCCUUUAUUUUGGCAGUUACAUGUACAUGCUGUCUCACCCCAGUUCUCACACCCUCUGGUUGCUGAGUGAGAGCUCACCGAUGCCUCUCUGCGUAGUUUCAUCCUUUCUCUAUAAUGUGCUCCGCAUGUUGCCGUGAAGCCCAAGCAAUGGGAACAUAAUAAUAAUAAUAAUGGAUCCACUCUGAGAGUAAAGAUGGAAGCUCCCAAGAGUGAAUGCCUGAUACAUUCCACACACACGUGAUUUAUUUUCUGAUGUUGCAGACUCAUGGUCCUUGCCUCUGCCAUACCUGCUGUACGAUUUUCGCUGAUAUUCAUCAGGUAUAUUUUUGACACAGUUAUUGAGUGAAACUGUAUACUGCACAUGGUACCCUCAAUACACUGACUACACGCUGUUCAUCUGGCUUCCCUUUGCCAGUUGUUGUUUAACGGCAGCCAGGAUAGGAACCUAAAUAGCUUUUACCCUGAUUGAUUGAGUCUGUAUAUGUGCCAGGCAGCACACACUGAAGGGGCAGAGUGAGCUGGUGGUUACUAUGGUUACCCUGGUGUCCUUAAAUUAGAAAGCCUGGCUGUGUAAUGACAGGGGAGGCACUGCGCUGCGCUCUCUUUCUAAUCUACUUCUAUUUAUUAUCUUUGUUGUCAUCUAAAUCAUCAUGAUCAUCACACUGUGAUGGAAUCACACGGGGAAACUAUUACCUACAUCAAGCCUGGACUUUUCCCCGCUACACAAACACGUUCAGUGGUUAUUGGUCACCCUUUCCUGCUUAGUUCAUGUCUUUCUAGUAUUUCCACCAUUACCCCCCCCCCCCCCCCCCCCCCCCCCUUCUGGUUCAUGUAUAUCCUAAAUGUGGAGCGCUGGGUGGCGUCGCGUGUGGCUAGAGUGUGGUCUGCUGCAGAGCACUGUGAUGUGGACGUCAGUGUGCAGCGCUGGUGGAUUUGUGGACAGAGAGCUGCUGAUCUCCCCAGAGAGGCCCUCCAGGCGUAUCACUUCUCCUUCUUUUCCACCUGUCUCUGGGCUAUGAGUGGAGCUGCUCCUGCCUCCUGAGCCACCCAUCCCCUCUCUGAAGGGAAGUCAGACAUUCUAUGAUGGAGGUGGUUUUGUCGUCAUACACACAGUCAGACGGCUUCUCCUGCCUUCCCCUGCCUUCUUAUCGACCCAUUUCACUCUGAAAGGAAGUGAAGUCAGACUUGGGGCUGAAUUAGGGUUGUUUGUGUCAUCACACAGUCAUAUUCACCAACCUCCCCCAGAAGAUAACAGCAUUAACAGGGUUAUUAUUACAGGUGUCUGGUCUGUAGUGAUGACACUUUACUCAGGGGACGGUGGGUGGUUGGGGGUUGGACUGGAAUGUAUUAGUCAUUAUGGUCUGCACGACAUGUCCCGUCUCGUUACAGUUACUCUAUUGUGUGUUUACCACCAAAUCAAAGUGUCUAAUUCUGAAUGUUAAGUCUAGUUGAAAGAAGUGUAGGCCUCAUUUUAAUGGGAACUGUGAAUCCUGUAUAAGUUCUGUCACUCUUUAACUUGUUCCUCUUGUCCUCUCCUGUUCUAGGCCCAGAUUCUGCUGGACUGUGGAGAAGACAACAUCUGUGUUCCUGACUUAAAGCUGGCGGUGCACGGGUGAGUUAGUCCUAAAGCUCAUGAAAGCCACUCGAUCAGGAGAAUAUAGCUACUAUGUAUAAUGAACGAUUGAACUUUUCACCCCACUAUGCAGAUGAGUUGGCCUUGUUGUUCUGAUCUGAUGGAUAAAUAAAGCUGUGUCGUGCUCCACCUGUUUGUUUAGUUUAGCUAGCAGAGCAGACCUGUCUGUUAAUAGACCCACAAUGCUCCACCAGCCGAGGUUACUACUCUGCUUUGGAAACAGGAAGAAGCGCUGGUCCCUGGCCUAGGUGCAAUGAUUGGCUGUCAGGCAGCUGGGGGAAAGAGACACGAGAGAUGAAAGGGAUUUGUUUGGAACGUAUGGAGAGGGAGUUGUGUGUGUGCCAACCAGUUCUAACCUCCCUCCAUCAGCUUCUGUUCAAGUAGUAUUCAGAGCAUCGCCACACUUUGAUUUUGAGAAAUCUAUGGGCAUUUCUCUCCAAAAUAACAUGCCCCUUCAUCUCGCUCUCUUUCUGCCCUCUCAUUUUUAUAUUUGUUGUGCGCUAAUUCCAUUUCUCUAUUGUAAAAGUCUUCUAUCACAUACAAUGAGUGUACAAAACAUUAUGAACACCUGCUCUUUCCAUGACAUAGACUGACCAGGUGAAUCCAGGUGAAAGCUAUGAUCCCUUAUUGAUGUCACUUCAAUCAGUGUAGAUGAAGGGGAGGAGACAGGUUAAAAGAAGGAUUUUUAAGCCUUGAGACAACUGAGACAUGGAUUGUUUGUGUGUGCCAUUCAGAGGGUGAAUGAGCAAGACAAAAUAUUGAAGUGCCUUUGAACGGGGUAUGGUACGCUGCUGGGUUUUCACGCUCAACAGUUUCCUGUGUGUAUCAACUUAAUAUUAGGAAGGUGUUUUACACUCAGUGUAUACAACAAUAUUGUUUUUCUGUUUAUUUGUCUGUACGUACAUUCAAGCCAGACUAAAGUUUAAAUAAGGGAUUUCAGUUGAAGAAAAAUCAUAAUGCAUGAACUACUUGCCUCUGGCUGUCUGGCAGUCAGAUGAUAGUGCUGCAUUAAUUUAAAUGCUUUGUAUAAUAGUAGCUUGGGGCAAGGGGUCAAUUAUGGAAUUCCCAGCAUUGUAUCCAUCAAAAUAUCCUUCAUUCCUUUGUUUUAUAUUUCUACUGUUAUCCUGCCAAGGCACACAACCUGUUCCACCAAUGCCCCUUAGGAGAGGUUUUAGGUUUUCGUGGGUUCUUCCAAUGUAGCCCUUUGUUUUCUUUAAAGAGUGUGAUGGCUGUUGGAGUCUGACUAGGCUGGCUGGCUGGCUGGCUGGCUGGUUGGCUGGUUGGCUGGCCAGCAGAAGAUCAGUGUUUGAAAUAUGGUCCAUGUUGCUUUCUCUCUCUGCCUGGUUUUAUUUCAGCUCUAAUUAGAAGCAUCUGUGUGGCCCUCAUAUGGAAUUCCUCUUUCAUUGUGUUCAGUGAGCGAGCGAGAGAAUUGGAGGAAGAAAUUUAAGGAGAGAUGAAGGGAGGGAAAGAGUGGAAGGGGGAGGUGUUUUACAGUCCUAUUCUGUGCUCUAUCGCAUGUAUGACUUUGUUGCUACAUUGGAAAAGUUGUGUGUGUGAGGGGGAUGCAGGGGAAGGGGAGAGGGAGUUUCCUGAGAUGAAUCUAAGUGAUGUGUUUUGGGCUGUGUCCCGUUUCGACUCCCGGCUCUAAAUCGGCCUGAUGUGUAGAGCACAAAGCAUGAACAGGGAGAAAAAGAACAGAAAUAUCAGGCUAUAGCAACAGAACAUGCAAGUAUGUUAGUGGCCAGACAUUGCUAUUAAUGCACUGUGCACAAAACCUUCACAGUUUUCUCUUGUAUAAGGGCACCCUCUCCCACCUCUUCCAGUGCUUAUUUACCCUCGGAGACCCGACACCUCUUGACCUGACCUCUGACCUGAUUAGUAAUCCAUUUCUGGUUUUGUUGGGCCCUCAGGGACCGGAAGGAAGCGUACCUAGGUGACGACAACUCACUGACCUUGACUUUCAACGCUCGGAACGAGGGUGAAGGAGGGGCCUACGAGGCUGAGCUGUACGUGGUGCUGCCUCCUGAAGCGGACUACAGCGGUAUAGCCCGCAAUAACGAGGUGAGAGGAACUACUAAACAUUCACCUGAACCCAACAUUACUAUUAGAUGUGGAGUAAUGUAAGGGUCCCAGUCUAUUGGCUCAUAAGACUUGUGAUGAUAGAUCUAUAAGGAACAGGACUGUUAUGGAAGUUACGAAAACUCCAAAUGGAACCAAAUGUUUGUUCUUGGUGUUUGAGUAUACACAGGAGUAGAUCUGUAUCUAUGAUUCUUCUUUGUUGUGUUCUAACCAAUGAUAAACACAUAUGAAUGUAUAUGGUUCUAAACCAGCACUCUGUUCUCUCCUCGCUCUCGGUCUCUCUUGGUCUCUCACUCUCCCCUCCCUCUCUCUUCUCUCUCUCCCAGAGCCUGACCCAGCUGACCUGUAGCUACGAGACAGAGAACCAGACCCGCUACCUCAGCUGUGACCUGGGCAACCCGAUGAAGUCUGGCACCAGCGUAAGUCAAGGAUUGUUGUUCUGCUUGUCCUUUUGAAGAGGAUUGGUCAUGAGUAGGGCCAGGAGUAUUUCCUGGUUAGGUCACAUGGGUGGAAAACAGGAGCAGCUCUGGCUCUUGACAAAUCUUGAAAAAUCAUUGAUGUUUGUUUUGGCCAUCUUGGUCUUCAUCAGAAUGAGAAUGAGGUCACAUGGACCUAAAAAUAAACUUCUGGCCUGGUCCUACUCAAAACCUUUCUGACGAGCAUUGGUUAUAAAUGGGGUGAGCAGUUUUUCCUGGUUAGUUCACAUGGUCAUGGCUCUACUCGUAAGCAAUACUCUUCAUUGGUUAUGAUGAGUGUUGAUGGCUGGUGGAAUAGCUAGUCUAGUCUUCUGAGAUCUGUCUAGUGGUAGAAAAGUCAUUGGAGCUAGCACAAAAUCAAUGUUUUCCUAGUGUGUGAAGGAAGGGAUUGUGUGCUGUCCAGGGGUUGAGUGGUAGAGAACUGAACUGGACAGGAAAGACUCUCUUUUCAUGUCACAGCAGUGUUCAGAGAGGAAGUUCCUGUCCGGGUAGCAAGAAGCUGGUUUACGUCUCUGCUCUGAGCAGAGGUUUCCUCCUAAUGGCCUGCUGUUCCUGGGCUAAUGUGUCUGACUGCAGAGGAAGGACUGUAAAGUGGACGUUGGUGGAGAGCUUAAGAAGGUUUUUCUGAUAGAAUGGUUGUAUUCAAAGUGUAAACUAAAGUUGUUCAAUUUUAGUAUGCAACAAAUAUAUAGUAUAGAUCCUGCCAUUGUAGUACUCAAUGCACUGAUGAUACUGUACUUUGCCUAGUUUGUCUCUGCAGUGCAUUAGUUAUAAUUCAUAAUGGCAUAGAUACAGACAGGCAUUAUGGAUGAAUAUAUUCAUUGAGCCAGGGAGAAACCAGAAUGUUUAUGAGCAGUAUUUUAAAUUUGUUUUUACAGUGAACAUUUGCAGUCCGAUUCACACUACACAGUUAAACAGUAAAAGCUCUGAACUCGCUGGCUUCCUGAUUGCAAUUACUGUGUGGUACGUGGGUGCGGUUUGGAUGGGAAAUAAAAGGGGCAUGAAAUUCCAAUUGAAGUAAAGGGCAGCAGAACAGAAUACUGUAAGCAGGAACUCCCAGACCGUCUGGACCUGCAGGCCCAGGUGUAUUACAGCUGUGUAUGUGCCAGGCAGACAGACAGACAGGGAGUAUAGACUGAUUGACUGAUUGACCCCUGAAGACAACAGAACAGUUGGGAGGAGAGAGAAAGAGAGGAGAGGAUUGUUAGCCUGGUGGGGACUCUGGUCCCCUGGUAUGCUGUAAUUAUUGUAUAACAGAGAGUCUACUCACUGUCUCUGUACUGUAUGUGUUAAAAAAGUAUUGAAAUAGGGCACAGGUUUCCUGGUGCCCUUACAAGGUUAGCUUUAGAUAUGUUGGUUGCAUCAUCACCCUUAGCCAUUUGUAACUCUCUUGCCUCACAUCAUGUUGGCAUCAACCCCUUGUCCCUGACCACAUUGCUUCUCCUCAUCUGCAGCUGUGGGCAGGCCUGCGCUUCACUGUGCCACGACUGAAGGACACACGCAAGACGGUUCAGUUUGAACUGCAGAUCCGCAGGUAUGACUCGGUUACAUCACCUCUCUAGGCAUAUGUUUAAACUGGGACUAUAACUGGACAUGUGUUAUGUGUCAUUGACAAAAUAAUUGAAGGCUAAACUUGUAGGAUAUAGACCAUCACAAAUACCACAGUACUCCUAUAUCACCAUAUAGUUGCAGAGGCGUGUUUUUGUGUGUUUUCUCUAAUUCAUCACCCUCUCUUCCUCUCUCGGUUUCUCUCCACAGUAAAAAUGAGAAUAAUUCCCACAGCGAGGUGGCUCCCUACAAGUUGGAGGUGGUUGUCCAGGCCGAUGUUAUUUUACAGGGGUGAGUCCAGAGGAAUCUCUGUUAGAUUUCCCCCCACCAGAGCAAAAACCUUUUGGAACUCCAUAAAAGUCAUUUUCUUUUUCCCCACACAGUCUCACGCUUUCUUUUCCCUCUCUUUUAAAGAGUCUCCCGGCCAGACAAGGUCUUCUUCCCUUCCCCCAACUGGAAGGUGUCCAAGAGCCCCCAGGUGGAGCAGGACAUCGGGCCUGCAGUCCAACACGUCUAUGAGGUAAGGAGACAGAGGGUUGAGAUUAGGGUUAGGUUAGGAAGAUCCACUGGAACAUUCAAUGCAUAGAUAAAGGGGAAUGCAGCAAAACCGUGAGUGGACAUUCCCUUUUUUCAAUGUAAGCAGCCAGAGCCAGAGGCCCUCCAGGGGGCUAGCUGCUAGCUGGUUGGACAGACUCAUCAGGAUGUAGAAUGGCAGAGGGUUCUAUACAGCAGACUCUGGCCUUAAGCAGGUCUGUAGCAGCAGACAGUACUUCCCAGACACUAACCUUUGUGUAGAAGCAGACCAGGCCAGACUACUUCCUGGUCAAAGAAGAAAGAGAAAAGACACAUUCCAAGAAGCACAGGGGUUUGUUCUGAGCUUUACAUCAUUACAGGUCUAACUCAAUUUGUAAGGACAACCUAGUCUCCCGUGACAGACAUAACACCGGACCACCUUUCACAUAGCAGAAAGAAAAACAGUGCUCAAGUUUAGAUGACAUCACACCAACAUGCCAUUUCCUGGAAGUCUGGGUCAACCAGAACGGGUUAAUUUUUAGCAGAGACUAGCUGGGGGGUUUAUGUGCUUGUAAAAUUAUUUUAACUAAUUCCUCUCUUUUUCCGUCUUUCCUUCCGUCUCUCUCUCCCUUUCUCCUCGUUCUCUCCCCUUUGUCAGCUGGUGAACAAAGGCCCCAGUGGUAUUAGCCACACAGUGCUUCAGCUCAGCUGUCCUCUCAGUGUUCAGGGACAGGGUCUCCUCUACCCCCUGGAGAUCUCUACUGAGGGGCCCCUCAACUGCACCACCAACCACUCCAUCAACUACCUGCAGCUCAAGGUGAGCAAUCAAUUACUGGAAUGUUAAUGUUAAAAGUUUGUUUACACUUUUGUAAGGGUAUAGCAAGUCUUGAACUCAUUUACACACACACACCAACCAACCCUCCCCUCCCUUCUCAGGGUCACAUGAGGCUCACAGACAUCUGUGUGAGGCUAGAACACUUCAGAGAGACGGGCACUGUGAAUAUGUCCCACAGGUUCUAAUUCAGUGUGUGAUUAACAGUCUCUACACCCACCUCCACCCUCCCAGCUCAGCCAGCCCUAACCAGCCCCACCCAGGACACCAGCCCCACUAUCACUUUGAUCUUUCUGCACUUCCCUCAGCUCAGCACAGCUUGAUGAACCUCUUCUGUACCAAUACACUCACUCAACUUCUAACAUUAGGUCCCCUUCUGAUGGGUUUAAGCCUCAGUUUUUCAUGGGAACAGAUGACUCUUGGGUAGUCACAUGUUUGUGUUUAGAACUUCUAACUGGCCAGAUGCUGAGAUGAGCCCGAAGUGGUUUUCCUUGCGAACUACAGUGUGUUUCUAUGGGAAACCAUGUGAAUGAGACCUCAUAUUCACUAGGUUAAUGAUGAGGAUAACGUCACUCCCUAUAUUGACAGAGGGUGGUGUCCUCUUCUCUCAUGGGUGAGGUCUCUGUCUGUAAUGUAUUGACCUAAUGGGUGGUGUGUGUUCUUUCCCUCUGUCUCCUUAGCUCCAGCAGUCGUCCACAGAGCAGCCUCCCCUACUUGUGCCCAGCCAGGAUCACCACAUCGAGAGGAGAGAAGUCCACAGAGACCAGCUGGCUGAGCACACUAACCUGGUGAGGCCCUUAGCAAGGACAGAUGGAGAGAGGGAGAGAGUUAUUGUAACAGUAUACUAUUAGUCUGAUCACCCUAAUGCAACUGGCGUUUUGAGUGAUGAGUAGAGCUUGUUGUAGCCUCUGGUGGUAUUUCUGGCAGGCUAUUUCAUGUUGUCAAAUAGUUAAAAUAAACAGGACAAGUGGAUGGAAGAGACUAGGGACUUUCCUUUGGAAUAUAGAUGAGAUGGAGGGUUGAACCUCUGCCUCUCUACUCCUCUGAGUUGCCUGAAGCCAUGGCAUGUAUUGAUCUGAGACAGUGGCUCUGGCCCUGCCCUUGGAAAGCCUCCUGGGAUUGACUAAUGAGGUUAUAAUGUAAUUGAGAGGGAGGGGUCAGAGGGCGUGGGGUAUUGGUGGUCCCGCUGUGGUGAUUGAUUAAUAUUAAAGGGCUGCAGGGAGACGGCGGGGGGGGGCGGAGCUGGGGCAGUAGGGACAUGUGAAUAGGGGGAUCUGUGGGACCAGGGGCAUGAUGCGCUGGUUAGUUCACAGACCGCCCUCUAAUUUUCCACUCCGUAGUGUUGUUAGUGUGAGUGCCCCUGGCUCACACUGUCUCUAUUGAUCCAACCAGGACCAGGUAGCUCUCCCUCUGUUCUUCCUCUCCUUGGUCUGUCACUACCCGGAGUGGUGAAAGAGAUCUUUGUCCCCCGCCUGUUGCUCUUAACCGCCCCUCGUUUAUCAAGCCUGCCCGAUGACACAUUUCUAUAAAGGCCUCCAUUCUUUGUUUCACUCUUAGCACUUUAGUUUUUAUGCUGAGAAGGACAGACGUCUCUAUUAAAAAUGUAUUUGAAGAGAAAGUGUGUUAGUGGUUAGAGCUGUGUAUAAUGCAGUUGUAUAGGCCCUUGAUUUAAUCUGGUUGUAGUAGGGGUCUGGUAAAUGAGGGAGACCCCUCUCUAUGGCUGGCCUAGAAAACCUGUAAAUGAAGUAGUACUGUCAUCUGAGCUUGGGCUCUAAAUGGCUAUUAGAACAAUCUAGAAAAAUUGAGAUCAAAUUAUUGUUUACAUUCAUGUAACACGGUAGCUGCCAUUGUACACUUCAACACACACACGGCAGCUCUAUUAUAUAGCCAGUCACUGCUGUUCUACUCAUUGUGGGAACAGCAGCUUCCCUCCCAGCCCCCAGCUCCUGCCCCUGACCUCGGCCGCCCCACUAGGGAGGAUAUGGGGGACUCUACCAUAUCCAUAUGGACCAUUUCCCCAGGCCCACCAGAAUCCCUUAGCCUCCACCAGCCUCAGUUAGCCUCCAGUUCCAAUUUUAAUCAAGUUUAGGAAACAAUUGUCUGACUUGUGGGACUAGGCCUCAGUAUCCUGGGCCAUCGGGGAGGUCCAGGACAGGAGGAGGAAUUAAACAGAUAUUCCCUGUCUGUCUCUGUCUCAGUCUGUCUUUAACUGUAAUGCCGUUAUUAAGCCUGUCUAACUGUAAGGCCCUGGGAGGUUACAGGCAGCAGGGUAGGUACUGGGUUGUUUACUACACCCUCUCCUCCUGCGUUCGUUUGGCCUCCUUGGCUCUUGACUUAAUAGGCAAACUAAUUAGCUCCCGCAGGAAGCCCACCAAAACCGGCCAGUCCGAGGUGGUCCAUCUAACACGCCAGCACUAAAAAUCAGUUUGCGGAGGUUUACAACCCAAAGCGCCCGGCUACCAUUAUGAGGAUUUAAUUAAGAUUGUGUAUUCUAACAGUGAGCUGGUUUCAGUGGUGGGCAAUAAUGUAGUGUCGACUGCAUGCUGCAUUUUUACAGUCUCAUGACAUUCACUCAAUCUCUCUAAUUGGAAGCAGCCCUGGAUCGGGAUCAUAACAUUGAGCUCUUUGUUCUAUUGAUUUGGCCUGCAGAGUUAACAUUGAGGUCUUUGUUCUAUUUGUUUGGCCUGCAGAGUUAACAUUGCCCUUACUGCUCUUCCUAUCCACCUCCUCCCUGUCUACUGACCUUCACAACAGUUUUUAAUUCAUGCACUUACAGUAACUACUGUUAAAUUAAGCCUGACAGAAUGUCAAAUCGAGUUUGUUUUGUAGCUGUUUGGUUUUCCUUCCUAAUUUUAGCAUGGCAUAUCUCAAAUUAUGGCAUAUUUUAUGUAAUUUGUUAAGCAUUAACACUCUCUCCCUUCCUCUCUCCUUCUUCCUCCCUCUCUCUCUUCCUCCCUCUCUCUCUUCCUCCCUCCCUCUAUUCCUCCCUCCUUCUCCCCCUCUCUCUCUCUCUCUCUCCCUCCCCUCCCUCCCUCCCUCCCUCCCUCUAGUCCUGCUCUAAUGUAGAAUGCUGGACGCUGCAGUGUGAUGUUGGUCUUCUGGAGAAGGGGACCAGCGCCAUCCUCAAAGUGCGCUCACGCAUCUGGGCUGAGACCUUCAUUGAGGUACGUACUGUAUGGACUGGAGAUGAAACCAACCACUCUGCAUACAAUUGCUCCACCACAUACCUUUUAAUAUGGCGAUCGAAAACUGGAUCUUGGUCAUGUUCAGAUGCAGAGAUAAAACCAACUGCCAGAACUAUUGGCCUUCUCUCAAACUCACUAGACAUGUACAGUGAGGGGAAAAAAGUAUUUGAUCCCCUGCUGAUUUUGUACGUUUGCCCACUGACAAAGAAAUGAUCAGUCUAUAAUUUUAAUGGUAGGUUUAUUUGAACAGUGAGAGACAGAAUAACAACAAAAAAAUCCAGAAAAGCGCAUGUCAAAAAUGUUAUAAAUUGAUUUGCAUUUUAAUGAGGGAAAUAAGUAUUUGACCCCUCUGCAAAACAUUACUUAGUACUUGGUGGCAAAACCCUUGUUGGCAAUCACAGAGGUCAGACGUAUCUUGUAGUUGGCCACCAGGUUUGCACACAUCUCAGGAGGGAUUUAGUCCCACUCCUCUUUGCAGAUCUUCUCCAAGUCAUUAAGGUUUCGAGGCUGACGUUUGGCAACUCGAACCUUCAGCUCCCUCCACAGAUUUUCUAUGGGAUUAAGGUCUGGAGACUGACUAGGCCACUCCAGGACCUUAAUGUGCUUCUUCUUGAGCCACUCCUUUGUUGCCUUGGCCGUGUGUUUUGGGUCAUUGUCAUGCUGGAAUACCCAUCCACGACCCAUUUUCAAUGCCCUGGCUGAGGGAAGGAGGUUAUCACCCAAGAUUUGAUGGUACAUGACCCCGUCCAUCGUCCCUUUGAUGCGGUGAAGUUGUCCUGUCCCCUUAGCAGAAAAACACCCCCAAAGCAUAAUGUUUCCACCUCCAUGUUUGACGGUGGGGAUGGUUCUUGGGGUCAUAGGCAGCAUUCCUCCUCCUCCAAACACGGCGAGUUGAGUUGAUGCCAAAGAGCUCGAUUUUGGUCUCACCUGACCACAACACUUUCACCCAGUUCUCCUCUGAAUCAUUCAGAUGUUCAUUGGCAAACUUCAGACAGCCCUGUAUACGUGCUUUCUUGAGCAUGGGGACCUUGCGGGCGCUGCAGGAUUUCAGUCCUUCACGGCGUAGUGUGUUACCAAUUGUUUUCUUGGUGACUAUGGUCCCAGCUGCCUUGAGAUCAUUGACAAGAUCCUACCGUGUAGUUCUGGGCCGAUUCCUCACCGUUCUCAUGAUUAUUGCAACUCCACGAGGUGAGAUCUUGCAUGGAGCCAUAGGCCGAGGGAGAUUGACAGUUCUUUUGUGUUUCUUCCAUUUGCGAAUAAUCGCACCAACUGUUGUCACCUUCUCACCAAGCUGCUUGGCGAUGGUCUUGUACCCCAUUCCAGCCUUGUGUAGGUCUACAAUCUUGUCCCUGACACCCUUGGAGAGCUCUUUGGUCUUGGCCAUGGUGGAGAGUUUGGAAUCUGAUUGAUUGAUUGCUUCUGUGGACAGGUGUCUUUUAUACAGGUAACAAGCUGAGAUUAGGAGCACUCCCUUUAAGAGUGUGCUCCUAAUCUCAGCUCGUUACCUGUAUAAAAGACACCUGGGAGCUAGAAAUCUUUCUGAUUGAGAGGAGGUCAAAUACUUAUUUCCCUCAUUAAAAUGCAAAUCAAUUUAUAACAUUUUUGACAUGCGUUUUUCUGGAUUUUUUCGUUGUUAUUCUGUCUCUCACUGUUCAAAUAAACCUACCACUAAAAUGAUAGACUGAUAAUUUCUUUGUCAGUGGGCAAACGUACAAAAUCAGCAGGGGAUCAAAUACUUUUUUCCCUCACUGUAGAUGCAUGUUUCUACCAGAUGACAAUGGCACUGAUUGCAUGAGACGGACUGUCUCCGUUCACAAUGUCGUCUGUGUAUUUUCUCAUGUCAAGGUUUGGCUGAGUAUAAGUGGAACGAUUCCUUUAAGCAUCUACAAAGAAAAAAAUCAACAGUCAAAACCUCAAAUUCGAGACUGUAAAAGAUUAAUGACCAGUCAGACUCACACAUGUGAUUGUGUUGACUAGAUGUCAGUAUUAAUGCUAGGUCAGAGCUAAACUCUGCCAGUGUGCACUGUCUCAAAUAUUUGGCCCAAAUGAAGAGAAAGCGGUAGCUAACAGGGUGUAUAAUGUAAUUUCAAUAGUCCUGUGUGUGUAUUGGUCAAUAGUGUUUUAGUUAGAGCUGGACGGUAUCUGUCCACAGAAGCAGUUGUGAGAGACCUUACAUGCAAGGCUUAUGUGUGAGUGCAUUGAAAAUUCAUUAGCUGGUAGUCGCGGUUUCUCAUAGGAUUGGAAUGUCAGAGGUUUUUUUUGAGAGAGACAACCGGUCUGAUAAUAGAGUUGCAUCUCUCUGUAGCACAUUAUCGCCACCUACUGGACACAAAUUGCAUCCAUUACCAGUCCACACCCUAGCCUUGCUUAUGCAUAUACAAGCUGCGUUUUCCCAGUACUCCUACACAAAUUAUUUGCAGAAUCACUUUGAAUUUCCAAUCUGAUCCAGUUCCUGUUGUUUUGCUUCCAUCCUCAGAGGGCAUACAAAGGGUAUGUGCUCGAAUGCCUGGCAAGAUUCAGUGUGGUCAAGAUGCCCUAUGCCAUCUUACCCAAGGAGGUACCAAGUGGAUCUAAAAAGGUAGGUCUAUGUGCAAUGCACCCAUGUUACCAAACCACUCUAUUUGUUACUGUAUUGUUAGUCAUGCAUUACCAUACAGUAUGCCAAAGUUUUUUCAUCACUCCGCUGUUGGGAAAAUGCAAGAUUCCUGAAAUCACUAUUAUAUUAUAAGUGGUGGUCAUUACUAAUUUUUCUGCCCCCUCCUCAGGUGGUGACCCCGGUAGUGUGGAACAAGCCGGACAGUCAAUACUCUGUGCCCUUGUGGAUCAUCAUUUUGGCCAUACUAGCUGGACUUCUGCUGCUGGCACUGCUGAUUUACGUCUUGUACAAAGUGAGUGGUCAAGAUGGUGCUGAUGUUAACGUCUGGCAGAGUGGGUGGUUCCCAUCUCUUACGAACUUCACAUAUUUGCCUUUAGAACUUAGACUUAUUAGUCUCAGGCCAAACUCUGUCUAGCUCUUAGCUCAGGCUUGUAGCUCAGGCCUACAUGUACGUUUGGCUGGAGAGACUAGAACCUCAUUGACAUAUGAACAUUUGAGAUGUUAUAAAUAUUAUAUUAUAUUCAGUUCUAACUUUGUCUGUCGUUUUCAUUCUCCCUCCCAGCUUGGCUUCUUCAAGAGGUCGCUACCCUACGGCACGGCUAUGGAGAAGGCCCAACUCAAGCCCCAUGCUGUGUCUGAGGCCUAAACACCACAGAAGGAUGAAAACAAACUAUUUUGUUGUCGAAGAACCAAAGAAACCUACAUACCCACAUGAUUGCAACAGAGAAACAUGGUUCAUUUAAAGUCCAGAGAGGAUCAGACUGCAGUUGAAGAGUUAGGAAGAGGAGGAGAAAAGACCACUGGAACUCCACUGUACUGCACUAGAGGAAGAAAACCCUAAGAACUCCAAACCAAAUGAAUGUUUUAAUUUAAUAUGUGUUGUUUUGUUUGUCGGUUUGGGGUCGAUCACCAAGCUGAACUGGCCUUAGACUUAAUGAUCCUAUUUGAGUUGAAGUCCAAGACUAGUGACUACAGAAGGAAGAGAAUGGGAGCCGCCUAUGGAAGCCCUUGAUAAGCCCAGGAUUGAGGAAGACGCUUGGUUUCUCCCUCCACAUCUUUUAAAAUAGCUUUUUCUUACUUGGAUCCUUGUGAAAGAUAAUAAUGUUUAAGUAUUUUUAACUGCCUUCAUUUUGGUGCUAAAAAACUGUGUGCUCAGUGCUGCAAACAGGGGAUGGCCACAUCUUUCUUGUGGUGUUGAGGGGAGUGAAUGCCUCUCCCUUCCUUUUUGUAGCAUUAAGGAAUCACAGCUGAUACUUUCCUCACCAAAGACCUGGAGACUGCAUGAUCAGGGCUUCUACCCACAGACAGAUGAUUGUGUCUGUCUCAUGUCGCCAAACUCUCUACACUUUGACUUUUUACCUAUCAAAAUCUCUACCAAAGAUUUUUUACGGUCUCAUCUUUUGUUUUACGUAAGAUGUAAGUUCAUGUAAGUGCAGCCCAAGUGCUCCAGUAAUGUUUGUCAGGUAUAGAUAGGCUCCUCUGUUCUAUCUACAUGGCUUCUGCCCCCUUCUGAGUGGUGGACAUGCAGUACUUCGUCCAGUUGUUUUGCACUCAAAGAAAAUCUACUGAUGACUAACAAGAUGCCAAAAACAGAUAGGACACUGACUGACUGAUCUUCCUUUGAGUUUGACAUGAACUCUUAUUGAUCACGUUGUGUUGAUCCAUGUUUGUUGUAACAAAUGAAAGCAUUGUUUCAAAGUCGUCUGGGACUUGACUGGAUCCACCACCAUGGGCCUGUGAGAUAGAUCUCACUAAGAGCUUGAAACAGUGUGGUGCUUUGCCAGAACUCUGGCUGGUGACUUGUAAGCAAGGUUGUCCAGACUUUGCUUGUGCUGCAGGAGGCAGUAUGGAAAUUGGGUUGAAGCAAAGGCCAUCCAGGUAUAUCCACAGCCUUGGUGUGUAAUGAUGUCUUGAAAGUCAAUAUAUACCUAUCAUAUGUUGCUGACAGAGAUCAGGGAAGUUGCAGUACAUUCUGAGUGGGUUGCUAGCAGGUCAGGGCUCAUUCCAUGUGAGUGUCAGGGAAACGGCCAAAUGUCCAGUCCCUACACAUUUGACCUUGAUCUUACAGUGUGCUACGAGCAUCUUCGCUUUGGUAAAAAAUAUAUAUAUAUUUGAUGCCGUUAUGGAUAAAGAGAAUUGACUAUGAGAACCAGAUGCACUCCCAACACAAUGGUGCAGCUUCACCCAGGGACUGAAUAUGUGGGGUUCAUUUAUUUGUCAUGUUUUUAUGUCAAUAGUCUGUGCCUGAGAGAGGUGUGUGUGUGUGUGUGUGUGU